UAAGAAGACAGGAUGUGUAGAGGCUUUAACACAAACCACUGAUCUGUCAGUCAUUUAUCACUCUGACAGAAUGGAGCUGUGGACACUCCGUAUGAUGAUGUUGCUUAUUUCAUUUAUCCAUGUUGGACAAGCUCAAGCAGAGAAUAAACCAGUUCUGACUGUGAAGCCAAACGCACCACAUAUAUUCAGAGGAGAGAAUGUUACACUCUCAUGUAUAAUUUCGGGAGGUAGUGAACAAUACAUCUGGUACAAAGAUGGUGUUCAUGUUCACAAAUCUAAUGAAAUGUACUACACUAUAAAAGUAGAUCAGAGUCACAGAUACAGUUGUUACGGGUCUAAGAAUGGACGGUCAACGACAUUGAGUGAUAAAGUGACUCUCUCAGUGAUAGAAAGACCAAAAGCUGUUGUGACUCUGCAGCCUGAUGGAGAGAUAUUCAGUGGACAGGUAGUCACGUUAACAUGUGAAAUACGAGGACAUGAAGAAACAUUAGAUGUGGAGUGGAUGUACAACUGGUAUAGAAAUGGUGUCCUACUUUUUGCCUCUGUUGAGUUCAAGGAUUAUUCAUUUACUGCUGUGAAGUCUUUCAGUGGUAAAUUCUCCUGCAGUGGACAGAGAAAAAGUGACUCACAAACUUCAGAGACCAGUCCUGCUGUUACACUCACUGUGUCAGAUAAACCUAAACCUGAUCUCACAUCACACCGUAAAGGAGCUGCACUGACAGGAAACUUAGUGAUUCUGUCCUGUACACUGACACCACAGUCUGCUGGAUGGAAGUUUUACUGGUACAAACCCACACAGAGCAUUGAGACUGGGACUGAAACACACCAGUACAUCAUCAGAUCAGUUAGAGUCUCUGAUGGAGGUCAGUACAGGUGCAGAGCUGGAAGAGGAAACCCAGUCUACUACACAGACUACAGUGAUGUACUCUGGGUAAAUGUUACUGAGAGUCCUAAAGCUGUGGUGACCAUAAAGCCUGGAAAACAUGUGUUCAGAGGAGAGACUGUGACUCUCAGGUGUGAAAUACAGGGAGGAGGAGACACUGAGUGGACAUACAGCUGGUAUAAAGAUGACCAAAUCUACCAAGACAACAAAACCCAGGAGUUCAGCCUCAGCUCAGUUAGAAAUGAACACAGUGGUAAAUACACCUGCAGAGGGAGGAGACGCAGUGACUAUCAGAUCUCAGACAUCAGUGAUGCUGUUACUCUCACUGUAUCAGAUGUAGCAGAGACAGUAAUGACUGUGUCUCCACUCAUCUGGCUGACUGAAGGAGAUUCAGUGACUCUAAGCUGUGAGGUGAAACACUCCUCUACAGGCUGGACAUUCAGCUGGUACAAAGAUGUUCUCUACACAGACAGACACGGUUCCCUCAGGUCCAGAACAUCGCUCCUCUCAGACAGCAGCAGAGGAUCUGGAGGCUCCUACAGCCUCAGUCCUGUUACUCUGAAUCACACAGGAGUUUAUAUGUGCAGAGCAAAGAGAGGAUUCUUUCACACCCAGUACAGCAAAACACAGCCACUGUGGAUCACUGGUGAAUCUUCUCCAGGGUCUCUGAUCAUCAGACCGAGCAGAACUCAACACUUUACUGCUGACUCUCUCUCACUGAGCUGUGAGGACCAGAGUGACUCUACUGGAUGGACAGUGAGAGGAUACAGUUACAAUGAGACAUUCGUUGAUUGUUCAUCAUUUUCAGGAUCUACAUGUAACAUCAGCUCCCUCUCUACAUCACAUACUGGUGUUUAUUGGUGUCAGUCUGAAUCUGGAGGAUGCAGUAAUUCUGUCAACAUCACAGUGCAUGAUGGUGAUGUGAUCCUGGACAGUCCUGUACAUCCUGUGAAUGAGGGACGUCUUCUGACUUUACGCUGUUUAUUUCACAACAAAAAGAUCCCAGGCUCUGGUGUUGAUUUCUAUAAAGAUGAUUCUAUCCUUCACUCCCAGACUACAGGAGAGAUGACCAUCAGUAGCGUCUCAAAGUCUGAUGAAGGUUUCUACCACUGUAAACACCCAGAGAGCGGAGAGUCAUUGAAAAGCUGGGUUUCAGUCAGCUUAAAAAAUCCUGGGCCCAACAUUGUACUAGUAGCUGUAGCUGUGGGACUGAUUUUAUCCUUGUUGUUUAUCAUCCUUGUACUGAUCCUGCUCUGGAAGCACAAAUCCAACAAAGGAAAGGACAGAGGCAUACAGCAGAACAGCAAUCAGACACCAGUCCAGAGUCCAUCAGGAGCUGAGAAUUCUCUGUCAGGAAACCCACCACUUCAGACCGGAGGUGACAACAUUUAUGCCACCGUAGACAAUGCAGAUCAUGAUGCUGGACCCAGUGAUGUAACUUACGCUGAGCUUGAACUGAAGACACAGAAAAAAGCAAAGAAAAAACAAGUGAAAGCCAAUGUCGAACCUGACACUCUUUACUCAGAGCUGAAGCAGGACACAUAGGUGCUGGAAAUGUGUGUAAAAAGAGAAGAGAUGAGAGGGAGAGUUCAUCUUGUUCAUUCACAAUGUGUGUGCAUUCACAAUAAUAUCAGAGUGAGAUUUUUUUAUACAGCUAAUUCCUGAGUUAUGAAGGAGACUCAAUCAUAAAUAGAAAAUAUCGCAAGUUGAACCAUGAUCUAACAUUUGUUCAACUUAAAGAAGUUCUAAAGAGUGGUGAUCAGUAUGGGGGUAGUAUACUGUAAUUUGGUAAUAAUUUAACACUUUACAGUACAUUUGGCUAAUGCAAUCACUUAUGUGCUCGCCGUGUCGGGAACAAGCCACCACCGCUAGGAGAUGAGGCUGCAUCAAAUUCGUUGUAGCUUUUAAGCAUUAAAUCCUCUAAAUACACGGUUAAAUUAUAUACUGUUUGAAAGCUUAGACUCUCAGGAUUUUAUUAAGUCCACACACAAAGCAUAAUAUGAUUUAUAGCCGUCAUAAUAAUUUAAUCCAAGUUGAUAGUCACCUGAUCUAGGCGACACUAGUCCAGUUGUUUACUUACUUACCUUUAAACGCUUCCCUUUCUUCACUGGGGUAAUAUUUUAACGAAUUCUAACGAAUCAAACAAGCCCUCACUUGAGUCAAUCGGCGCCUGUAGUGCAGAGAUAGACGGCUGAGAAGCCAAU